GUUCCGUCGCACGUGAAAUACCCCCCGAGGUCAACGUCCCUGUAGAUAUUUCUGGGUUGUACAUGGGAUCCUUUUCACACAUACACACCAGUGUAAGUGCGCACACGCACACUGGUUGACACUCGGCCUCCCAUGCGGGGAACCCUAUGAAUACACUUUGAAUAACGCUCCCAGUACGAUAAGAAAGGACCCCCCCCGGAGCUGUGUAAGCGCAGUGUCUCUUUGAGGCGAGGAGCUGACUGACCGAUUGUGAUCUGGAGAAGAAGCUCUGCGCACCAGCACGGCUCAAACAGAUACGACUAUAUGGCCUCGGCGAACAGAUGUGCGUCUCUUCGCCCGCGUCAACGGGUGCCAUUGUUGCCUCCGCACCCCAGCCCUCACAAAGAUAACAAAUAUGUUAAGUAUGCCAUCUACACACACGCUCUCUGCGCAAACAAUGCAGAUGGAGCGGGGCCAGUCGCAGAACGACGGAGUGAGGGGUAUAUAAGCGGGGUACCAGCAAGAAGGACCCCGGCUGAGAGCGGCGGGAAAGAUCCGAGAGCGGGAUUCCGGAAACGGCGGCGGAAGGAGGGGAAGAAGAAGAAGAGGAAGAAGACCUGAGGGGACUUAAGGUGCUGCUUUCCCGGUGUGUGUCCUGACUCUGGAUGCUGGACGGCGGAGGGCGGACGAGGAGAGAACUGACCGAGAGUGACACGCGAGUGACGGAGGAGGAGAGAAGGACAAGUUGGCCGAGGAGCGGACGCCGGCAUUGGGAGAGGACGUCCCAGAGGGCAGUUCGGAGCGGGACGGUCCAGCGCUCCGGUCAAGACGACAUCGGAGCGGGGACGGGCCACGCGGUACACGCACACGUGCGCCACGCCGCAGGCUGGGAGCGCCGCGAGCGGGAGCUGCGAGGAACGCGAGGCUCCGUGGCCGGUGCCGGGCUCAGCGUGGCGCCGAGGCAGGCCGGUUGCCGCGGCGACGCACGCGUUCUCUCUCUUCUGCUGCGCCGGAGCCCCGCGCGGCGCGCACAGAGGGCCCUUUCAGCACUGUGGGUCAAUACACAAUGAGGCCUGGCCCGCGAUCUCUCCUUGCCGCUCCUCCCCCCGGCCUGGCCCUCUGUGCUGCCCUGCUGCUCUCGCUGGACCUGCGGUGCCAGGCCGUGCAGGCCGAGAACGUGACGGUGCUGGAAGGGGGUACGGCCCAGAUCUCCUGCAAGCUGCAGAACUACGACGGCUCCAUCGUCGUCAUCCAGAACCCGCGCAGGCAGACCCUCUUCUUCAAUGGCACCCGAGCUCUGAAGGAUGACCGCUUCCAGAUGGUCCUCUUCACCCCGCGGCUGGUGCGCAUAACCCUCCGCAACGUCAGCGUGUGGGACGAGGGCGGCUACUUCUGCCAGCUCUACACGGACGACACGCACCACCAGGUGGCCACGCUCUCCGUCAUCGUGCCCCCCGAGGUGCCCACCGUGGAGGUCAAGUCACAGGCGGUGGAGGGGGGUGAGGUGGAGCUGACAUGCCUGUCGCCCCGCAGUAAACCCCCCACAACGCUGCGCUGGAUGAGGGACCGCCGGGAGAUCCCAGGGGUUGUGUCCCAGCAGGACAACGGUAAGACGGUGAGCGUGUCCAACACCAUUCGCAUCCCAGUGGAGAGGAGGGACAACGGGGCGGCGAUCAGCUGCGAAGCCUCUCACCCGGCUCUCAACGGACAGCGGAAAGUGCGACACUACCGGCUCGACGUCCACUUUGCCCCAACGGUGAGGAUCGUCCCUCCACCUGGAAUCCUGAGAGAGGGAGACUCCCUCACUCUCACCUGUUCAGUGUCUGGGAACCCAGUGCCGCGGAACGUGCAGUGGUCCCGGGUGAACGACACGUUGCCGGAGCGGGCCGAGACCUCGGACUCGACGCUGACCAUCUCGCGCCUCAGCCAGUCGCACAACGGCACGUACCUGUGCCAGGCGCACAACAACUACGGGCGCGCUGCCGACCACUACAUGCUGCUCGUCUACGAGAAUGUGUCUUUGGUAGAGAGUGUGAAGGAUGUGUCUGUCCCCCGUAUGGUCCCUCCAACCUCCCAUCCAACUUCCCCAACCCUCAGCAGCACUUUCCUAGACCCUGAAGAUCCCGGGGCGGUGGUGGAGACCCAGAGCGCGGUGCCGUACGCAGUGAUCGGGGGCAUCCUGGCCCUGCUGGUCUUCGCCGUCAUCUGUGUGCUCAUCGUGACCAUAUGGUGCUCCGUGAGGCAGAAAGGCUCCUAUCUGACCCACGAGGCCAGCGGUCUGGAUGAGCACGGGGAGGUUCAGGAAGCCUUCCUCAACGGCAACGACUCCAGGGAGGGCAAGAAGGAGUAUUUACUGUAGCGCACCCUACUGGCAGCCUCCGGAACUGCGAUUGUACAACAGCAUACUGCACACCACACACUGCAAGACUGUCACACAGAGGGAAAGACGAGCCACCAAUCACACUUGUGCCAUACACUGGAUGGGAGAUAGGGGCAGGGCCAUGACGCCACCCAAGUUUUACUGAGAGAGAGGGGGAGCAAGAGAGAAAAAUUACAAUUCCGGCCAGAGACUAGGGACCUCAGACAUUCCCAAUGCACUGUGUUCAGCAGAGAGAGAGAAAGAGAUGAACAUAUGAACUCUACUAAAUACGGAUCACUCCUUCAGACCACACACUAUGUCAUGUGCACAGAAAGGGAAACUACAGUCAAACCCAUAUAUACGGUGUAUAUAUAUAUAUAUAUAUAUAUAUAUAUAUAUAUAUAUAUAUAUAUUUUAAAAACCCCACGUUACAUAAUAGAUGUAUAGACUGAAUUAUAUGUGACCUCCCAACACACACAAACUCACUCGUUUUAUACGUAAAAUGAAAAAUCCAUAUUCAUACUUACGAUAUGCUGGGCUUGCCAUUUCAUUUUUGUGGCUGUAAAAAUGUAUAUUGUUUUUCUCUUUACUACUUGAAAUAUUCUCUCAUUCUCUUCUCUCUGACUCUCUCUCCUUUUUCUCUCUCUCCUGCUGUUUGUUAAUAAUUAAAGGAGACGUGUCUUUGUCCCUUGUGUGAAAGGAAAAAAGAGAAUAAGACGAAGAAUGAAAUGCCUGAAGAACAAAUUGUUUUAAACAGGAUGAAACGGGAAAAAAAAAGUUGAAUGAAUGUGAAACAGAAGGAAAUUGAAAGGCGGUGGAAGCGAAAGACUGUUUUUUUUUUGAAUGCUCUAGUACAGAAGAUUACAGUAUACAAAAUACAGUUUCACAAUAAUACAUAUCUUUGAAUUAAAAAUGUUAUUUGUAUAGAAAAGACAGGAACAACAGUAAAAUAAAGAGUCUUCAAAAAGAUUUAUUAUGGAGCGCAUUAUGAAGCGAUGUUACUAUACUAACACAAAUAUUAGCCUAGUGGUACAAAACCGAGCAAAAUACUGUUAAAGUGAUCUUAAAAAAAAAAAGAAAACCUGAAAAAACGUCUUUUCAUUUUGUCUUUAUGAGAUAUAUGAUGUCUUAUUGAUUUUGAUUCAUUAUUAUAAUUAUUAUUAUUUGUUUUAUUACAGUUGUUAUUGUUGCAAUUCUUACUGUUAUUAUUAUAAUUGUUAUUAAUUGUACAUUUCCCACAUUUGUUCUUCUGUAGAAGCUGCAGUCUCCCUUUCUCUCUUUCUCCCCCUUUCUCCUCCUUUGUCUCCUUCUGGCCAUCCCUUGGCCGCUCUGUGUCUCUUGUGCAUCCCCGUCUCGGUCCUCUCCGCCUCUUUCUUUCACUCUUGUUUCUUUUUGUAGUCCAUACGUCGCUGUUGAUAUAGCUAACUGUAUUUCUUUAGAGGGGAAAGAUACAAAGCACGACAAAAUUAAAAAAAUACAUUUAAAAAUGA